AUGGCGUCGCUGAGUGACAAAUCAGUUUGGGACGAAGUGGAAGAUGGGAUCGGUGAAGAAGUUUUAAAAAUGUCUACGGAGGAGAUAGUUCAGCGAACUCGACUCCUCGACAGCGAGAUAAAGAUCAUGAAGAGUGAGGUUCUGAGGGUGACCCACGAACUUCAAGCCAUGAAGGAUAAAAUCAAGGAAAACACGGAGAAGAUAAAGGUGAACAAAACCCUGCCGUAUCUCGUGUCGAACGUGAUUGAGCUGCUCGAUGUGGACCCCAACGACCAAGAGGAAGACGGGGCAAAUGUGGACCUGGACUCCCAGAGGAAGGGAAAAUGCGCCGUCAUCAAGACCUCCACCCGGCAGACUUACUUCCUGCCGGUGAUCGGGCUGGUGGACGCCGAGAAGCUGAAGCCCGGAGACCUGGUGGGUGUCAACAAAGACUCCUACUUGAUCCUAGAGACCUUACCCACCGAGUAUGACUCCCGAGUCAAGGCGAUGGAGGUUGACGAGCGCCCCACAGAGCAAUACAGCGACAUCGGAGGGCUGGACAAGCAGAUCCAAGAGCUGGUGGAGGCAAUCGUGUUGCCCAUGAACCACAAGGAAAAGUUUGAAAACCUGGGCAUCCAGCCACCCAAGGGAGUCCUGAUGUAUGGACCACCGGGAACAGGGAAGACCCUCCUCGCCAGGGCCUGUGCCGCUCAGACGAAAGCUACCUUCCUGAAGUUGGCUGGCCCACAGCUGGUGCAGAUGUUCAUUGGUGAUGGAGCCAAGUUGGUGAGAGAUGCCUUCGCCCUGGCCAAAGAGAAAGCCCCAUCCAUCAUCUUCAUCGAUGAGCUGGAUGCCAUUGGUACCAAGAGAUUUGACAGUGAGAAGGCGGGAGACAGGGAGGUGCAGAGGACCAUGCUGGAACUUCUCAAUCAGCUGGAUGGAUUUCAACCCAACAUGCAAGUCAAGGUGAUCGCUGCAACCAACAGAGUGGACAUCUUGGACCCGGCACUGCUGCGUUCAGGCCGCCUGGACAGGAAGAUUGAGUUCCCCAUGCCAAAUGAGGAGGCCAGAGCACGGAUUAUGCAGAUUCACUCCCGCAAGAUGAACGUCAGUCCUGACGUCAACUACGAAGAGCUGGCGCGCUGCACCGACGACUUCAACGGCGCCCAGUGCAAAGCCGUAUGCGUGGAGGCGGGCAUGAUCGCGCUGCGGCGUGGAGCCACAGAGCUGAACCACGAGGAUUACAUGGAGGGUAUCCUGGAGGUACAAGCCAAGAAGAAGGCCAAUCUGCAGUACUACGCUUGAGGACACUGUACUCAAAGCGCUUUAACAGUCUCCUCAUUCAACUCAAGAUGCAACGUCAGGAGCAACUGAGGGUUCAGUAUCUUGCUCAAGGACACUGGAACAUGGUCACCAGGGCCGAGGAUCGAACCUAUAAUCGUUGGGUUGGGAGACGACCACGCUACCACCUGAGCCAUGCUGCUCCCGUAUCAUAAGCGUGGUGAGCACAUCCAAACUCCACACAGGAAGGUCGAAACCCGGAUUCAAACCCCCAACCGCAGAACAAUGAGACGUGCUAACCGCUCGUCUACCGCGGUGCCUAGUUAUUACUUGAUUGACAAACAAAAAACUGGAAUUUACAACUGAUAUCAUCACCCUAAUAGCAUUGUUGCCCAAGUAUUUUUUUUUUUACUUACUGUCACAAUAUUAAUAAAGGUACCAUUGUGCUUGCUAAAAAUUUUGUUUUUCUUUGUAGAUUCUCAGUCAUCUGGGUCAUGUUAAUCUGCAAAUGCUGAAGGAUUGAGGCAACUGGACUCUUUGUGUUUCUCUGUUUUCUGGAAAUGUUCCAAAAUGACCUUUGCAAUUAUGCUAACUAUAGACAAAAGAGAUUUUACCACACUAAACAAUUGUUUGAUACAAUGUCAUCUAUUGGGAUAGUACAAAAAUAGUGAAUACCAAAAUAAUCCCUAGAAAAGAUAUUAGUUGAGCCCACUCAUUGUCCAAUUAGUUCAUCAGGGCAACAGGAAACACCCACAAGUUAAAAGCCACUUUUACUUGACACUAAAAGUGAAUGUUUCCUUUAGUACAUACAUAAAUACAGUUUAACAAAAAAAGAUGGAGGCUCCACCACUUAAGGUAUUUUAGCAUCAAGUCUGCUGUGGCCACACAGUAAACUCAUAGUACAUGCAGAGCAAAAUUUGUACAAGUAAAUCA